AUGAAACGACGACGACUGCCAAGUGCCAAACUAUUCUUGAGUCUCUGUAAAAUUUCAACACGUGUAAAUUUUCAACACGAAGUUGUGGAUUUCGAUGGAUCCAGUGAUGGUGACAUUGUAAUUGCAAAUGGCGGAACAACUAAAAAGACCUUUAAGUUCGAUAGAGUCUUCACGCCAAAUGAUGAUCAAGAUAUAGUGUACGUCGAUGCAUCUCCACUGGUCACAUCUGUCUUAGAUGGCUAUAAUGUAUGCGUCUUUGCCUACGGGCAGACAGGAACAGGAAAGACGUUUACCAUGGAAGGAACUGAGAGUAAUAGGGGUGUUAACUAUAGAACUCUGGAAGAACUGUUCAAUAUUGCAGAGGAGAGGAAAGAAAGUGUCACAUAUGACUUAUCUGUUAGUGUUCUUGAGGUCUACAACGAACAGAUCAGAGACCUUCUUGCCACGUCUCCAUCUAAAAAGCUGGAGAUCAAGCCGAACAGUGAAGGACAAAAUCAUGUCCCUGGGUUAGUGCAGGCCAAAAUUGAGAACAUAAAUGAGGUUUGGAAAGUUUUGCAAACUGGAAGCAAUGCAAGGGCUGUUGGUUCAAACAAUGUUAAUGAGCACAGCAGUCGCUCCCACUGCAUGCUAUGCAUCAUGGUGAGAGCUAAGAACCUGCUUACUGGAGAAUGUACAAGUAGUAAGCUUUGGCUUGUAGAUUUGGCUGGAAGUGAGCGUUUAGCCAAGACGGACGUGCAAGGCGAACGACUUAAGGAAGCACAAAAUAUUAACAGAUCACUUUCUGCAUUGGGUGAUGUCAUUUCAGCUCUUGCUACAAAAAGCAGCCAUAUACCCUACAGAAAUUCCAAAUUGACACACUUGCUGCAAGAUUCUCUAGGAGGAGACUCAAAAGCAUUAAUGUUUGUGCAAAUUAGCCCAUCCGACAAUGAUGUUUCAGAAACCUUGAGUUCAUUAAACUUUGCCCGUGUUCGGCGUAUUGAAUUGGGACCAGCAAAGAAGCAGGUUGAUACUGUUGAACUUCAAAAGACCAAACAGAUGCUUGAAAGAGCUAAGCAAGAACUCAGACUUAAGGAUGAUUCUUUGAGAAAGCUAGAGGAAAACUUACAGAAUUUGGAGACCAAAGGCAAAGGGAAAGAGCAACUUUGCAAAAACUUGCAAGAAAAGGUAAAAGAGCUUGAGGGCCAGUUAGAUUCCAAGGCACAUUCUCAAAUUACAUCAGAGAAACAGCAGCGUCAGCUUUCUGGAAAACUAAAAGAGAAAGAAGAAAUGUGUACUGCACUUCAGCAGAAGAUUGUGGACUUAGAAUGCAAGCUUAGACAGCCACACCAAUCAGAAUCUGAGGUUGCGCUUCUCAAGAAAACGAUCAAAGAGUUGGAGGUCAAGUUGAAGGAACAAGAACAUGACCGAUCAGUUGUGGAAUUAAGUAUCAAAGAGCUGGAGCUCAGGCUGAAGGAACAAGAACACCAACGAUCUGUUGCAGAACUAAAGAUCAAGGAGCUGGAGCUCAAGUUGAAGGAACAAGAACACCAGCGAUCAGUCGCGGAACUAAAGGCAAGAGAAAUAGGACAUGAGCUGUUGGAAACACAGAGAACCGAGUCAAUGCUUCAGAUUAAGCUAAGAGAUCUUGAAAGCAAGACGAAAGAGCAGGACACGAACAUGAUGACCGUGGAGUCCACCGUCGUCUCGACUCCUGUAAACGCGAAGGUGCCGCCGCCGCCGUUUCCCAGGGACGAAGCGAUGAGCGAGAAGGAGAACCGCAUCCUGAGGAGCUCAGACGCUCUAAACAAGCAGCAGCCUCACGCUGAGAACCCUUCACUUCCUCCUGAGGCUCCUGAAGCGGGCAACGAGAAGAAGAGGAAAGGGGGCGCGAGGAACGCGUCCAUCGGCGGCGGUGAGCAAGAGAACAACGGCGUCAUCCCAGGCGGUCAGAACACUGGAAGGAAGAGGAGCCUGCCGGCCGAGCGUGAGGCGAGGCUCAAGAGGAAGUCGACGGAACCUCCUCCUCAGGUGAAGAAUCUGGUGAGGUCGACGGCGUCGUCGAGGGCGGCUGCCGCUGCCGCUGCCGCUGCUACGCACAAGGUGGCUCCGAGCUCCGGAGUCGCCAAGCAGCAACCAGGCGGGAACAAGACCAGAGGGUGGGUUAGGUAG